CGCACGUGCAAGGCAAGUUUAUACAAAGAGGAAGUCAAGGCUCGCGUCUUCGCUCGUAUGGACACGUGGCAUGCUGGUCAGACAUGUCCAACUACGUCGUUGUCGGAUUUCUGACGCUGCUUCUGCAGGUCCAGCGGUGUCAACUGCUCUAUCUCCCGCCUGAUGGUGUCCUAAAUAAUGCCGCGGUUCGAGUAACUUGCUCCGGUCAUGAACUGUUGGCCUCCAAACUCGUGGUGGCCAAACAGCUGCACCCUCUCCAGGGCUCCCUCAUCCUCAAGCCCCAAUGCGCUGGCGGCGCCAAUGCUUACAAACCAGUCAUUCCAGUCGGAAAGGUCACGAACAUCUACUAUGGGGGGGAUCCCACUUCGAGAUGCCUCUUCAAGAAGGGAACAGCUUAUACGUUGGCUAUCCAAGUUGUGGCAUUUGGGACUACAGUUGUGGGGAAAGUGACAGUCUCUUGUCCAUUAAAACUUGUGUUCUCUCAACUGAAUCGUGAUCCAUACCCACCGUACCAGUUGAAAUACAAGUCGGGCCCCAUGCCAGCCUCAAUUGUUAGUAUCAAAUGUAACUACGAUAGUUCCGUCGAUCUUACGUUCCUUCCCCAGAAGAGUAAGAAAAUAAUCUUAGUGUCCUGCCUCAAGGUCAAGUUCACCUACACCGUUGAAGCAAGUUCUGUAGCAAUGCGUGCUGUACUAGACGCCGAUCCGUUCACGAAUUGCGUGUUUCGUGACGACAUACCGUCUGUUCGAGAUGGCGCCAGUAAAUGGAAAAGAGCUGCCAAAACUAUCAAAGGUAUUGAGGUGUCCCUGUUUGAUUAUGCAACGCUGGCUAGUGAAGGGACUGGAGUGGUCGUCCCCUGUAAACCCCCGCCUCCCACGACUACCACGACUCCUGCUCCAACGACAGAGAAAUUCACAACGCAAAAAUGGACGACCCAGCAGUGGACAACAGAAGGCUUUACAACUGAGCCCACGCCCGAAGUAACAACCCCAGGGCCUACGACAACGGAAGACUUUCCCACGGAACCAUCUACCACACCAACUACAAGACCUACAACGCCCAAGGCGACCACUCCCAAACCGACUGCUCCCAAGGCAACUACUCCAAAACCAACCACGCCCAAGGCAACUACACCUAAACCAACCACUCCCAAGGCAACUACUCCAAAACCAACCACGCCCAAGGCAACUACUCCAAAACCAACCACGCCCAAGGCAACUACUCCAAAACCAACCACGCCCAAGGCAACUACUCCAAAACCAACCACGCCCAAGGCAACUACACCCAAACCAACCACACCCAAGGCAACUACCCCUAAAGCAACUACCCUAAAACCGACCACGCCCAAGGCAACUACACCUAAACCAACCACACCCAAGGCAACUACUCCAAAACCAACCACGCCCAAAGCAACUACACCUAAACCAACCACUCCCAAGGCAACUACUCCAAAACCAACCACGCCCAAGGCAACUACACCUAAACCAACCACACCCAAGGCAACUACUCCAAAACCAACCACGCCCAAGGCAACUACACCUAAACCAACCACUCCCAAGGCAACUACUCCAAAACCAACCACGCCCAAGGCAACUACUCCAAAACCAACCACGCCCAAGGCAACUACUCCAAAACCAACCACGCCUAAGGCAACUACUCCAAAACCAACCACACCCAAGGCAACUACACCAAACCCAACCACGCCCAAGGCAACUACUCCAAAAUCAACCACGCCCAAGGCAACUACUCAAAAACCAACCACGCCCAAGGCAACUACUCAAAAACCAACCACGCCCAAGGCAACUACUCCAAAACCAACCACGCCCAAGGCAACUACACCUAAACCAACCACGCCCAAGGCAACCACCCCUAAAGCAACUACACCAAAACUGACCACGCCCAAGGCUACUACUCCAAAACCAACCACGCCCAAGGCAACUACUCCAAAACCAACCACGCCCAAGGCAACUACUCUUAAACCAACCACGCCCAAGGCAACUACACCUAAACCAACCACACCCAAGGCAACCACCCCUAAAGCAACUACACCUAAACCAACCACGCCCAAACCAACCACGCCCAAGGCAACUACUCCAAAACCAACCACGCCCAAAGCAACUACUCCAAAACCAACCACGCCCAAGGCAACUACACCUAAACCAACCACACCCAAGGCAACUACACCUAAACCAACCACGCCCAAGGCAACUACUCCAAAACCAACCACGCCCAAAGCAACUACACCUAAACCAACCACGCCCAAGCCAACUACACCUAAACCAACCACACCAAAGGCAACUACCCCUAAAGCAACUACUCCAAAACCGACCACGCCUAAGGCAACUACUCCAAAACCAACCACCCCCAAGGCAACCACUCCGAAACCAACCACACCCAAGGCAACUACCCCUAAAGCAACUACUCCCAAACCGACCACGCCCAAGGCAACUACUCCAAAACCAACCACGCCCAAGGCAACUACUCCAAAACCAACCACGCCCAAGGCAACUACUCUAAAACCAACCACACCCAAGGCGACGACGCCCAAAGCAACCACACCCAAGGCAACGACGCCUAAAGCAACCACGCCCAAGGCAACUACUGAGAAACCAACUACGCCUAAAGCAACCACGCCCAAGGCAACUACGCCUAAAGCAACCACGCCCAAGGCAACUACGCCUAAAGCAACCACGCCCAAGGUAACUACACCUAAAGCAACCACGCCCAAGGCAACCGCUCCAAAACCAACCACACCCAAGGCAACUACACCUAAGGCAACCACACCCAAAGCAACUACACCUAAAGCAACCACGCCCAAGGCAACUACACCUAAAGCAACCACGCCCAAGGCAACUACACCUAAAGCAACCACGCCAAAGGCAACUACACCUAAAGCAACCACGCCCAAGGCAACUACACCUAAAGCAACCACGCCAAAGGCAACUACACCUAAACCAACCACGCCCAAGGCAACUACACCUAAACCAACCACGCCCAAGGCAACUGCACCUAAACCAACCACGCCCAAGGCAACUACACCUAAACCAACCACGCCCAAGGCAACUACACCUAAACCAACCACACCCAAGGCAACUACACCUAAACCAACCACGCCCAAGGCAACUACACCUAAACCAACCACAACCAAGGCAACUACUCCAAAACCAACCACGCCCAAAGCAACUACGCCAAAACCAACCACACCCAAGGCAACUACACCUAAACCAACCACACCCAAACCAACCACACCCAAGGCAACUACACCUAAACCAACCACGCCCAAGGCAACUACACCUAAACCAACCACACCCAAGGCAACUACACCUAAACCAACCACGCCCAAGGCUACUACUCCAAAACCAACCACGCCCAAGGCAACUACACCUAAACCAACCACACCCAAGGCAACUACUCCAAAACCAACCACGCCCAAAGCAACUACACCUAAACCAACUACUCCAAGAGCGACCACCCCUCCGAACGAACCUCCAUCUGGUUACACGUUGAACAAAGCGGCAACUUGGAUAACGUGCUCUGGUAAGAAAUUCGUGCCAUCAACAAUUGAUUUCUCCGAGAAACUUCACCCUCUCCAUAAAUUCCUUGUACUCCGGCCCAGCUGUGGGGGAGGAUCUGACAUAAGGGCUCUCCCUGCCCGGCUGAAAGUGUAUCACACAGGGACGGCGAAGAAAUGCCUCUUCCUGGUCAAAGGUUCAAGCUAUACAAUACAGGUUGACGUCCUUGCAUACGGUGCACGCUCUAUCGGUCGACUUGAUUUCUCGUGUCCGAUACCUCUUGCACCAACAUCGCCCCCGCCGAGUAUCUUCCCACCAUACCCACUCAGAAUUAUCUCCAACCUCAUUCAGGAGGUAGACAUUGACUGCAGCCAGAACGACUCCAUCACCGCAAACUUACUUCCCCAAAGGUCGAGAGUCGUAGUAGCUUUGAAAUGUCAGGACUCCACCAAAACCUUUGUCGUCAAAAAUACACCAGUCGCAGUCACCGUCUGGAAGAAGGGCGCAGAUACGCAGUCGAAGUGUGUUUUCAGAAAUGAUCAUGGCAUACAACCUGGCUCUCGGGUGCCAAGGCUAAACGUUCCCGUGGUCUUUUUCAAGUGGGCCGAUUUUAGUUAUCUGGGCACCGGUAGCAUUGAACCCUGCAACGAAAACCCGAGCAAGUACAUACUGGAUGUUAGCUCUCACUGCGGAAGGUCGACGUCAGACGCAACGUGGGUCACGGGAAUAAGUGACGUUGACGCCGAGUUCCAAGCUGUUUGCAAGUCGGGAAAGGUCUUCAAAUUCAACAACGUCAACGGCGACCGCGUCAACUACAGCCUGCCUGUCUAUUUCACAGGGAAUGCCGCGUCAAAAUGCAUCUUCAAUAGGAGAGGAAAUUCCCAAGUUUACGUCAUCACGGUGAAAGCAAGCUGGGGCGAGGGCAGCAACUUGAUCCACCAAAGCAACAGGGAAUAUCAGGUGACGUGCGUUUAUGGCAGCAGAGGUUCCGACGACACUCAAGUUCAGAGUAUAUCUGACCGGCUGAUCGCGGCCAAGUCCAUGCAGGAGAACAAGGGCCCGGACAGUAAAUUCAUUAUUAGACUGGACAUUGUGGAUGUCCUGGGCGUGCCGGUCACCUUCAUGCCACAGGGAAGGAAGGUCAAGUUGAGAGCCGUGGGUCGAGGUCAAGGACGAGAAGUUGGCCUCAAGACUAUCGGAUGUGACGCCAUUGGGACGACGUCGAAUGCCAGGUACGCCGUCAUUAGGGGAGGGUGUGGUGACGGGCUGAUUUUCAAGAAGACUGAAGGAUUAACAACAAGAGGACUCACAGCCACCAGCCCAUACUUCAAGGUCUUCGCUAUGCGCAAUGACAAUCUGCUGAAGUUCGAAUGUAAUUUUACAAUGUGCGCCAGCAACUGUGACGGCAGUUCCUGCAGCAAUGGUAGACGACGACGUGAUAUUUGGGAAGGCGACUCCCAAAUUCAGCAAGCACACUCACGGAUCAUCAGAGUCUUGUGAUUGUGUGAAAAGCGAGAAUUACUGUUACCAAAAAGUCAUUAAAGUCGGGAAAGGAA